GCACGGUGUGUCUCUCGUCUGAUUCAUCAUCGUCUCUUUCUCUCUUUCUCUCUCUCUCAUUCUCCGAUCUCUGGAUCUUACGGAUCUUUGGGUUCUUCUCUUUUACCCCGCAGGAAUCUUAGUUACGGAUUGGUUGGUAAGGUUCGUGUGUUGUUUCGGAUUUUGGGAAUCUAGGGUUUUCUCGAAUCGGGGUUUGAUUCUGCAUUUUUUCGGCUUGAGAUUUGAGAUUGGCUCUUCCUUGGUCUCGUUCUUGCAAGCUCUUGCAAUUUUUGAGAUCAUUUGGGGAGUGUAAGUUCCUGAGUUUGGAUUUUGAUCGAGGGAAAGGAGAUUGGGUUGUCGGGCGACUCUUGGCAUUUUGUCUUGCGUGGAGAACGAAGUGCGAGUCAGGUCGAACUUAGUUGUAUUCCUACUUGUUCGCUUCUGAGAUUCUCUUGCCUCCGUGUUCAUAUAAUAAUCCGGGAGGAGUUGAGUCUCUUGGGUUCGUGAAUUUUGGGGACGAUGCAACAAGAUCAAGGGAAGAAGGACAUGAAAGAGAUAAAAUUUUUCAGCGAGUAUGGAGAUGCCAAUCGAUAUCGGAUCCUCGAAGUCAUUGGGAAAGGAAGCUAUGGAGUUGUUUGUGCAGCAGUCGAUACACAUACCGGGGAGAAAGUGGCGAUAAAGAAGAUAAAUGAUGUAUUUGAGCAUUUAUCUGACGCCAUUCGUAUCCUCCGUGAGGUCAAGCUUCUCAGGCUCCUCCGGCAUCCAGAUAUCGUCGAGAUCAAAAGCAUCAUGCUUCCGCCCUCGAAGAGGGAGUUCAAAGAUAUCUAUGUUGUGUUUGAGCUUAUGGAAUCUGAUCUUCACCAAGUUAUCAAAGCUAACGACGAUUUAACUCGUGAACACCAUCAGUUUUUUCUCUACCAGAUGCUCCGUGCCUUGAAAUAUAUGCAUACCGCUAACGUUUACCAUCGUGAUCUCAAACCGAAGAACAUAUUGGCAAAUGCAAAUUGCAAGUUGAAAGUCUGUGACUUUGGACUGGCAAGAGUGGCCUUCAGUGAUACUCCUACUACCGUCUUUUGGACGGAUUAUGUUGCCACCAGAUGGUAUAGGGCGCCUGAGCUAUGCGGGUCGUUCUUUUCUAAGUACACUCCCGCUAUUGACAUUUGGAGCAUCGGGUGCAUCUUUGCGGAGGUGUUGAUGGGAAAGCCAUUGUUUCCCGGGAAAAGCAUCGUGCAUCAGUUAGAGCUGAUUACUGAUCUUCUCGGCACACCGUCACUAGACACCAUUUCCGGAGUCCGGAAUGAGAAGGCAAGAAAAUACUUGACCGGAAUGAGGAAGAAAAAUCCAAUUCCCUUCUCGCAGAAAUUUUCCAAUGCGGAUCCUUUAGCACUUCGGCUAAUGCAGAGGUUGUUAGCUUUUGAUCCAAAGGAUAGGCCAACUGCUGCAGAGGCGCUGUCUGAUCCUUACUUCAAGGGCCUUGCUAAGGUUGAAAGAGAACCUUCCUGUCAGCCGAUCUCGAAGCUGGAAUUUGAAUUCGAGAGACGGAGAUUAACAAAGGAUGACAUUAGGGAACUAAUCUACAGGGAGAUACUAGAAUACCAUCCUCAGUUGCUUAAGGAUUAUAUGAACGGAUCUGAGGGCUCGAACUUUGUUUAUCCGAGUGCCAUAGGACAUCUUAGAAAGCAGUUUGCAUACCUCGAGGAGAACAGCGGCAGAAGUGGACCUGUAAUUCCUCUAGAAAGAAAGCAUGUAUCACUUCCCAGGUCGACAGUUCAUUCCAGCUUAGUCCAUUCCAACUUCAAUGUGUCCGAUAGCCGACGUGGUUCUGAAGAGGCAUCUAGAAAUGGAGUGGCUCCGUCGACUUCCGCAAAUCCAGCCAAGUCUCUCGGGCCUCCACCGAGAGCGCCAUCGGGUAGACCAGGUCGUGUGGUGGAAUCAUCGGUACCUCGCGAAAACGGGAGAAUCCUUGAAGAGGCCUGUGAUUCGAGGAGCUAUUACAGAAACACAGUCCUCCUCCCUCCUCAGACCGCUUCGCCUCACUGCUUCUUCCGAACAAAUCCGAUAAACCCAGAGAAGCAGCCGAAACCGCAAUACCUCCCGCAAUGCCAACCUAACAAACCGGCUCCUCCUAACGUGAUCCCCGUCGACAUGAACCCUAACCCGUAUUUCCAGCCGCAAUCCAAGACAGAUCAGUUAACCGACGGCCAAAUGGCAAUGGAUGCUAAGCUGCUGCAGGCACAUUCCCAGUACGGUGCGGUAGGAGCUGCGGCUGUUGCGGUAGCGUCACAUCGGAGCAUUGGUACGAUUAGGUAUGGCUCUUCUUAAGAUCAGAGAUUCGGAUUUUCGCAUGCUCUUCUUCUGGUUAGUAUUUUAUGUAAGUAUUUGAUUCAGGAAGACGAUGAUGACAAUAAAUAUUCCCAGUUGUAUAACCCCUCUUCAUUCAAGAUUGUUAAGAGGAGAGAGCCUCCUCGCCGUCUGUAUUCAGUGAUUCUUUCCAGUGAUUUCUUCUCUGAUCUUUUCUUCUC